UCCGACUUGAGCAUCGCCAGACGACUUGAGCACCUCUUCUCCAACACGCCACAACUUCAUAUUUGUCCGAGCAAAGCUUCCCUUCACCCUCCUCCAUGGCUACCACGCUCCAGCUUCACAAAUCAGGCCAUCCCUGGUAGAGUUGAGCCCCGACAUCACGGCAUCUCCCAGUUCUUCCGUCGGCUCCUGUUCUGCCAACGAUUUGAAGAUGAGUUUAACUCAAGAAGAAAAGGAUGAUGCCAUAUGGCCUGAUGAAAAAGAGACUUUGUUUUUGACUGUGCUAUAUGAAAGAGUAAAAAAAGAUCCCACUGGGAAUCCAACAUUUAAGGGUCGAGACUGGAAUGAUAUGGAUAAUGAGAUGUUAGUUCGAGGUCGUUAUCAAUAUGGUAGUGACAGGUUACGGGGAAAGGACAAUAGGAUGAAGCUCAUACAUAGACAAUUUGGUCAGUUAUUGGCUCAUACUGGAGUUACAUAUGAUUCUAGUCGGAAUGUGGUUCAUGCCACAGAGGAAUGUUGGCAGAAAUUUUACAAGAUUAACAGGGGCUUUAAGACUUUUAAAAGGAAGGGUUGCAAGAACUAUCCAUUAAUGAAUCUUGUUUUUGGACAAGGGAGUGCAAGUGGAGGACUUGCUACUCCUUCCACCCAAGUACCGACACACUCGGAUGAGGAAAGAAGGAAUGAGGAUAUUUUCUUACAUGGUGAAGGGGGCAUGAGCUCAGAGCGAUCACACUCUAAAGGGAAACACAAAGUUGAGGAAGCGAUGGGAUCAAGCACUAAGGACUGGAAGACUGUUUUGGCUAAUGCGGUCCACGCAUACACGACAACUAUGAGUGAAAAAGAAAAGAGACGUCGGUCUCGAGAUGAAGAUGUUAGCACCACAUCUAUAGGUGCAGCGGCAAAUUUUUCUAUGACCCGAUGCGUUGAAGUCAUAAAUGCCAUGCCGAAUGUGUCAACUCGAGCUUAUAAUGAUUCCAUCGACGCACUAACAGAUGUUGUCCGACGUGAGGCCUUUAUGGCUAUGCCCGCAGACCGACAAUUGGAUUGGGUUAUGCGAUUUGAUUCUAACUAGUUAUAUGUUAGAUUCACUUAAACCGUGUUUGGAUUUCGUAAUCUAUGUUACAUGUUUUAUGUAUGUGAACUUGAACACUUUGUUAGAACAAUAUUUAUGUAUGUUUGUUUGUGGAAUUAUUAAAUGUGGUUGUUACGUAUUAUGUGAUUUUGAGUUUGUAUCGCAUCUGAAGCAUGCAUGUUAUAUGCUAUUGCAGAUACACAAUGUCACAUAAUGGCAGUGGUGAUGAUAUUUCAGACUCUGCAAGUGAUGAAGAUGAUGAGUUCGGGGCCCUACUGUUAAUGGCUACAUGUGUUUUAGUUGACGUUGAAAGAAUUCCAUGUCGAACGUCUAUACUCACAGGUAACGGUUAUAUCGAUGAGUUAAUGACAGGUCAUCCACUAAGAUGCUAUGAAAGUUUUAGGAUGAACCCACACGUAUUCCUGCGUUUAUGUGAAAGGCUUAAGAAUUUGGAUGUUCUACACGAUUCUAGAUAUUUAAGGGCAGAAGAGCAAUUAGGAAUAGGUCUUUUAGUGUUAUGCCAAGGGGCGGGGCAACGUACAUGUGCAGAGCGUUUUCAACAUUCAAUGCGAAUUGUUCACUUAUGUGUGAAGCGUGUGGUGAGAGCACUUGCACGAUUGGGCAAAGAAGUUAUAAAGCCAGUUAAUAGGGGCCCUGUUCAACCGGAAAUUGUAGAAAACCCCAAAUGGUAUCCUUAUUUUGAGGUAUGUGUAAGCGUAAUUACCUUUUUCAUUACUUAGGUUAACUCAUACUAUUAAUGGUGCACACUUUUUUGUAGAAAUGUGUAGGUGCCAUUGAUGGUACUCAUGUAGCAGCCUCAGCACCCGCUUCUAAACAAAAGACGUUUCGCGGUAGACAUGCAACGGUCACGCAAAAUGUCAUGGCAGCUUGUAAUCAUGACAUGUUGUUUACGUAUGUAUACGCGGGCUGGGAGGGAACAGGCAAUGACUCUCGAGUAUUUUUAGAUGCAAUUACAAGAACCGAAAAUGGGCUGCCCAUGCCUCCUGUCGGUUAUUACUAUGUGGUUGAUGCUGGCUAUCCAAAUGUUCCGGGUUUUCUAGCCCCAUACCGUGGAGAGAGUUAUCACUUAAAUGAUUUUCGAGGCCGAGGACGAAUACGCAAUAAGCAAGCUUUAUUUAACUACCGACACUCAUCCGUGCGUAAUGUGAUCGAGAGGUGUUUCGGAGUACUAAAGGAAAUAUUUCCCAUUCUAGACAUAUCACGUGGUUACCCAUUGAGAAGACAAGUUCAAAUUCCCAUAGCUUGUUGCGCAUUGCAUAACUUCAUUCGCAUGCAAGAUAGGAACGAUGAUUUGUUCUUGGAGUACGAGGAAGAUGAUAUGAUAGUUAACACGGAGGCAAGUACAAGUGAGAAUGGAUCACUCGAAUUUGAUAUGUCUCAACAACAACAAAUGCAUGAAGUUCGAGAAAGUAUUGCAAUUGCAAUAUGGGAUGAUUAUAAUGUUUGAGAUGUCGAAGUACAACUGUUGUUCUGAUUAACAUGUCACUUAUUGAACUUUCAGUGUUGGUGAACAUUUAUGUUAUUAUUUUGUUAUUUCAAAUGUCCCUUUAAA